CCAUAAACUUUACCUCCAUAAUUAAGCGUCGACAUUUUUUAGCUACAUUCCAACAUGGUGUUUUCUUGGCCUGUUUUUGUCAGUGGACUUUUCUGCCACAUAGCUGUCCUCUGCACCGGAGACCUUAUCUACCAUCAGACCAUGACUCCAUUUUGGCUGGAGGCCCACGCCUCCUACAUUGACAGUGCUCGGACAACAACCAACGAGCAGAUCACAUUUAACGCAGGCUCAACUAAACACGCACUUCUUCUAAAAGUUCCCAUGAUUCCUCCUGGUGUGUUCAGACAUUCUACUCCGCUGACCAUUCAGAUAACAGUCGCCAACGAUGUCAGUAUUGGAGGAACAGAGGAGAGCGAUAACAGAUACGGUGUUUCGGAUGGUACCAAUUUCAUGGGCUUCCAUAUCCCCGAUAAAGCGAGCUAUGUCAACCGUCCUCCAUGCUAUGGGGUUGAAGGCCCUUCUGGUUCGAGUCUGCUCCAUUUAAGUUACAUAAACCGUGCUUCUCCCAGACCGAGCGACAAAUUCUAUCCUGGCCAGUUUGUCAUUACGCUCAAGAUGGAUGAACGCUGGGGAUCGUGUUAUACCGUACACGACGGAGGUUACACAAACUCUGGUGUUUUCAGCAGCCGACUGGUGCCUAGCAAGGGACUCACUUUAGAAGUUUACAAAGACGAGGCGGUCGAGAGAGUAGGGAUCAAGUAUAUCAAAGUGGCUAUCAUAGAAGAUGCUUAGAGCAAGAAACAUUUUGAAAUAAAGAUCACGCACUUCA